ACGUCCUUAGGCACAGGGGACUUGAGUAGCGCCGGGGAGUCCUCAACGGGCGGAUAAAAACGCCUCUUCUUGACCUGCGAAUCUCUCCCCCUCCAAGGGUACAGAGAUACAUGCUCCAAGGCCGAUGUGGCUUCCCCAAGGACGAAGGUGACCCUCCAAGCCAGCGAGCCGCCGAAGGAAAACACGAGGCUAACAGAAGCAUCUUGUUGCUGGCAUCCUGCUCUUUGAUGCAGUCAUGGCAGGGGGUCACUCACUUUCAUUUUCUCCCACUCACUCUCCUUACACGUACACACACACGUCCUGCACACGCGCACACGUACCUGGCAUGGGCACAGGCGCGUGUUCGGGCAUGGGAGGAAGCACUGGCGGCUGUGUGAAACGUGUGAAGGAGCUAUGAUUUGGUGGGAGUGGAGAGUCGGUGCAUCCGCCUCGCUUCCCCCGCCCCCGAGAGCAGCGGCCCUGCCUAGUUGCUCGCCGAGUGCUGUGUCCGUGAGCUGGUCGCGGGCGGCGGGCACUCCACUCACUCCACCCACUCCACACACACCUUGCCGCACUCCCUCCCGGCAUCCAUACAAAGCUUAUCUGCCACUGCACGCAGCCACUCUGCCACAGGGAGGCCACCCAUGCCCGUCUGAGAUACAAGGAGCCACACGAUACCCGACUGGGCACGCCGCUGUUCUUUACGAGAAUCGACGAUUUUUUCCUUGCAAAGAGGAUGGAAAAAUCCUUUUCCAUUUAGUGGAAGAGGGAGCAAAGAAAAGCAUCAUUCAGUUGUGCAAAAGUGUUUGAAACCUUUAUUGUGACUAUUGGACUAAAAACAAUGUUACAUAAGAUAAAAGGCAAAACCGCUUGUGAAAUCUGUGAAAUUACAGUGAUUAUUUGAAUAAGUUUGUGAUAUGUUGUGAUGGAAUUAUAUGUUAUUGUGUUGUGGUGGUGACAGCCAGAUACAUGAGGUGUUUUACAGUGUUUAGUGGUUAUUGGUGAUUAGAUGUUCCGUUCUUUAUCACUAUACUGUAGUAGUGAUUGAAGUAACAACCUUAAAUAAGCAAUGUGAAUAAGAAAUUUCGAAUAGGGAAGGUGAAGUCUUUGCGUACAAAAGGUGAAAAGAACAAGCAGUUCAGGAUGUACAAAGCACAUUGAAAAGUAUAGAUCAAUAAAAAAACAAUAUAAAAAAAGAAAAGAUAUCCUUAUAACUACCAGUGUAAACGAGUGAAGUGAGCUUGUUGCGAAGGUGCUAAUCAGGAGAGGCAUUUGUGAAAGUGUUGGACCUCUCAAAAAUCACGAAUACCUGGAAAAUAACCAAAAAAUAUCUACUGGCUAAUAACAGGAAGGGGAAAAAAUAAGAGAAAAAAUAUAUAAAGCGAUGCACCGCAACCACUAAUCACAGCAGCCAGGAGUGUGAAGUGUUUGAAUAUAUUUGCGAAAAUGUUGACAUUAUUCUGCACGAACUAUGUCAAAGGGGCCUUGAUAGACCAUGAUCAAGGUUAUCUAGCGACGCCAAGACACGCGAAGGCUAGGCAUACUAUAUAACAUUUCCAGCGACCAUGUCUCCACACUCCUCAACCCACGCGGGAAAGUUAACGAGUUGAUUUUUUACAAAUUUUCCGCGGAAUUAUGACCGGCUGUCGUCAACAAAUGCCGUGUGAAGAGGACUGAGAAGAGCUUAUCGUCAACACGGAAGGACCUGUAAACCUCUCUUCGCUAACCUCAAUGUUACCUGAGAUCCUGGGCGUGUCCAAGGAGGAUGGGGGCGUGGCUUGGGUGCCCCUCACGCCCAUCACCACUUUUAGGGAUGUCGCCGCCUGCGUCAGAGAUACGGGAGACCCCUUGCCGCUCCUGGUGGAGACCUCGCCCCUCGGAGUGCGCGUCGUGGCAGGAUGGGAGCGUCCGCUGGAGCUGCUCCGUCUGUGGAACGGCUUGAAGGAUCAGGUAUCCUACACCGCGUCGUACAACCACAGGGACGACCCGAACGACCUCCUGUCCUCCUUCUCCAGGUCGUACCGACUGGACGACGAGGAGGAAGAGCUGGACGAGAGGGACCAGAUCAGUCCGUGGGAGCUGUACGACCUCAAGGACGAGCUGAAGGACAUCGGGGCGGAACUCAGACGCCCCUUGAAUGGCAGCAGUUCGAGGUCAGGCUUCCCAGGGGCGCCGUCCUUCAAGCGCCCGCCCCUGUCGCGCUCCCUCGACGACAGCGACGACUUGGCGGUCGUGAGCAGCGACGGGGAGGCCGACUCCUCCUACAACUCGCACACUCGCAGCCCGAGGAACCUCUUCGUCAGAUCCAUCAUCGGCAAGAAUGGUUUCAACCGACAAAACAGCCGCUCCCUCCGACACCCCGCCGACAAGAAAGGCCCCGACGCACUCAAGCGGGUGGCGAAGUCCCCUUUUUCGCGCGGGAAGGCUUUCACGUCCUCCCUGCCGUCGAAAAGUCACAGAAUUUUUCCCUCGCCCGUCUAUUCUCUCAAGGAGCUGCAUUCGUCGCAGUUCCCCAUGAGCGUGUACCAUGCGGAGGCCGGGCACAGAAAACAUGCAUUCCGAGAGAGCGUGACAGAAAACGGGUCCCAUCACUUCCUCGGAAACUUUCCUGAAUUCGAGCGCCGCUGGGAUUACCUCCCUUCCCACGGGGAUUACGUCAACGGCAUGAACUGGACCAGAAAUCUCAGUCCGGUCAUCAGCAAAAAACAGAAAAUGAAGCCUGUAGAGUACAAACACUUGAGUACAAAGUCCGAGACGCGUAGGAAAUCGCCUCCUCCUCACCAUGGGUUGUUACCGAGCGAGUUCUACAAUGGUACAAAAGGCGUGCAAAUCUCUCCGACGAGGCAUACGCAAAAUCACCAGAGCAAUUGCACUCAUCUCCUGCAAGAGUUCGUCAAUAACAGACUCGCAAGGGAUCUGCAGGCGAGGGAACCGAAUAAUAGGAACGUUCACCACGGAUCGGCGAACGUUUCGGAUCUCCGCGCCAAAAGCAGCCAUCACUCGCAUCGCAGGAGGGAAAACCACGCCACGGACGAGCCAAGGAAUGGCCUCGCGAAGACUCACGCCUCGCCUCACGCCCAACGCGGAGUGAGGAGUGAGGUCUGCUCCCACCACGCGGGCGAGGAGAAGAGCAGACGGCAGCACGGUGAGCCGCGCUCGAGGUCAUCGACUAGGACCCCGAGUGACCCCGCCGGACGCAGCCAGCGCCGCCCCUCGCAGCAGCCGAUCAGCCCGAGCGCCAGGGCGGGCUGGCAAGGAGAGCCCAAGGAGCUCAGACCUCUACACGGAGAGAGCUCCAAUGGUCCCCGGGGGCGCGACGGCGGGGCGACGGACAGGGCGGAGGAACACCGAGUGCGAGGCAGCAGGAGGAGCGAGGCCGCCCCCCGCACUGCCUCGGAGCGCCCCUCGAGGAGAUCCGGCGCCCAGCGUUCAGUGCACCGACGCUCCUACUCCGACCCGCUUUACGAGUACCUGAGGGAGGACCUGGGGGCGCUAGACUUCCGGCGGCCUCCCGUGCGGCGGCGCAGGCACUCAGGCGGUGGAGCCCUGGCCGGCGAUGGUGGGAUGAGGGAUACGCACGGACCCCUAACACUGCAUGACCUAAAUGAUGUUGUUGUUAAUAAUGCAUGA